AUGCACACUUGCUUUAUAGCGCUCGCGCCGCACGCAAUUACAAUACUUCAGUCGGGACUCCGCGUGAGAAGAUGCGCCGUUUCCUGCCAAGACCCUAUUAAAUAUGAAAACCGCAUCAAAAACGAUAACAAUCAGAAUGAAAUAGUGUCCGGAGCGGGCGCGGCAUUUCCUCGAUUAUCAUGCGGUCAGUUUUUGCGCGCGACAAUUACGUGGCAUCUGUAUGCAUGCGGCAGACGCGCGCGCAAUCCUGCGCCCCGCACCCCCCGCACCUCCGCCACCCCGCACCCGCCGCCGCCCUCGGAGCCCUGCACGACGUUUUUGCCGCACUCCUGCGCCGGGCCGUGGGAGCCUUCGUGCUUAGAUGCUGGU